AUGCUCUUCUCCAAGCCCAAGAAGAAGCUCCCUCCUGGACCCUUUGCCUUUCCAAUCAUAAGCAGCUACUUAUGGCUUCGGAAAUCUUACACAGAACUUGAGCCAAUCCUCAGAAACCUUCACGCUAAGCAUGGUCCAAUCGUCUCCCCCCCACUUGGCAACAGCCCAGCAAUCUUCGUUGCGAGUGCCUCCCUGGCUCACGAAGCAUUAGUUCAAAAUGCUGCAGUUUUCGUCCACCGCCCCGUUCCUCUGGUUACCAACAAAGUCAUUGGAAGCAACCAGCACAACGUCAGCUCCGCCGGUUACGGUCCCACCUGGUGCCUCCUCCGCCGCAACCUCACUACAAAAAUCUUCAACCCCUUGCGCCUAAAAGCGUACUCCCGAGCCCACAAGUGGGUGCUGGAGAUUCUCUUCUCUCAGCUUCGCAGGAGCUCUAAAACCGCAGAUGGUGUGGUACGCGUGGUGGAUGACUUCCACUUCGCCAUGUUUUGCUUGCUGGUUCUGAUGUGCUUCGGGAAUCAGCUUGAGGAGGAGAAAGUGAGAGAAAUCCAAGCUGCUCAGCUGCGAGUUUUGGCUGGUUUUGGCACCUUCAAUAUGCUCAAUUUCUGGCCUACCAUAGGAAAGAUCUUGUUUCGGAAGCGUUGGGAGAAGUUCCUGCAGCUUCGCAAGCAUCAAGAAGAUGUGUUGAUCCCUCUUAUAAGGGCCAGAGAUCGCUUGAAGAAGGAAUUACAAAGCAAACAAGAAGAUUCCGACAAAGAAGACAGCAGUCGUAUAACAGUCUACGUUGAUACUUCGCUGGAUCUGCAACUGCCUGACGAGAAGAGGAAGCUCAAUGACAGCGAACUGGUUAGUUUGUGCUCCGAGUUUCUCAACGCAGGAACACAUACUACUUACACAUUGCUGCAGUGGAUCAUGGCAAACCUGGUGAAGUACCCGCAUAUUCAGGCCAAGGUCUUUGAAGAGAUUAGUGGGGAUAUGGGGACAAGAGAGGACGACGUGAAGCAGGAAGAUUUGCAGAAGAUGCCAUACUUGAAGGCUGUGAUCUUGGAAGGUUUGAGGCGUCAUCCUCCUGGACACUUCGGCUUGCCUCAUGCAGUGAACCAAGAUGUAAAUCUGGGUGGCUAUACAAUCCCCCAAAACGCUAACAUUUUUUUCAUGGUAGCAGAGAUCGCAUGGAACCCUGAAGUGUGGGAAGAUCCACUGGAAUUGAAGCCAGAGAGGUUCUUGACUGAUUUGAGAGAAUUUUGUUAUUAA